GUUGUCAUGUUGGUGUAGCGCAACUGCUUUAAAACUACAAUGUCUACUUACAAGCCUGGAAAUUGUAAACGCGAGGAAUUUAGAAAGUAUUUGGAGAAAUCUGGAGUGAUUGAUGCACUCACGAAAGUCCUAGUUGGUUUGUAUGAAGAACCGGAAAAACCUGAUAAUGCCCUAGAAUUUAUGAAGAAGCACUUACAAGCGGAAAACCCAGAUCCUUCAGAUGUCGAAGCAAUGAAAGUAGAAAUAGCAGAAUUAAAACAAAAGGUAGAGAUGUUAGAAAGCGAAAAUAAUGAGUUAAAACAAACCAUAAACCAACAGUUAACAUCAGGAAUCGAAACAAGUGAUGGGAAUAUUUAAUGAAAUCAUAAUAUUUAAUAAAAAACACCCCGAAAGCUUAAUAAGUAUUUUUUAAAUAUAAAAUGAAUUUUAGGAUUUAAA